GCCAAUCCGUCCACAAGCCGCCGUCGAGGGAACAUAAUCACGAAGAGAGAGAGACGCACGAAGAGAAGCCCGCGACCAGCCUUGUCGCCGUCAGUGCUGCGGGUUACCGUCGCCAUCCUUGCGAGCUGCCACCGCGACGCCGUUAAUGAGCUACAGCGCCGCCGUUGCCGCACUCUACUGCUGCCGUGUCUCACCAAGCCGCCGCUGGAGGAGGAGCGCUCGCCAGUUCUACCUCUGCUUCUAGUUUCUAGAAUCUGAGAAGAAGCCACCGCCACUGCUGGAACUGUUGGUUUUAUUGCUCUGUCCUUGCUCUAGAUCCACUCUGAGCCGUUACCAUCGCCGUUUGGCUAACACUAAGGCUUUCCACUGCCACCGGAGCUGCCCAGGACCACCACUGUUGCUGCCAUAGGAACAGAACGGGUGCCAAAAUCUGACACAAUGCCGCUGUUGUCGAUUAGAGAUGCCAAAACUACCGCUGCUGUUGUGGAUUUGGAAUACUGGGUGUGUCGCGUUUAAAUUCUGCAAAUUUCGACACUCUGAGGAUGUCUGACAGAAAAGGAAAAGGCAAGGCUACGGCCAGCUCAGGUAAGAGGAAGAGAGGACAGUCGCCCGUUGCUCUAUCGAAUAUCCUAUCGGAUGAAUCUUGGCGUGAAAAGAACUUUACUGAUCAAGAAAAAGCUGAUCAACUUGUUCCUGCUAAUGACCCAGUCAAAUUCGCCAAUCUUUACUAUGAACUCAAGUUUCCGGUCUUUGCGGAAAAAUGGCACCUCUACUUGGAAAGGACGCUCAAAAUACCAACCAAAUUAAGGAAGUACACUGAAAAUCAGAUCAAACAGAGAGGUUGGGUAUUUCUGAAAAGAGAUUUGGCAGAGGUAAACGCAUCAUGAAUCCGUGAGUUCUAUUCUAACUAUUAUAGGACGACCCUUGAUGUAGUGCAGCUUCGAGGAAAGCAAAUUUUAGUCACUGAGGAGGCGAUAGAGGACAUCCUCCACUUCUAGCCUAAAACAGAUGAUACAGAUGGUUUUUAGAAAGUCGAGGAGUCUAUUAGAUUCAUGAUUUUUGGUGGGUCAUGGAAGGAAAGGACAUAUACCUUCCAAGGCUCAUCAGGAAGUAUAUGUCCAGAGUUCAUGUGAGAGGCACCUUGCCAUUUCUUUAUAUGAUCACCCAGAUGGCUCGUCGAGCUGAGGUGCCUUGGGAGCUAGAGGAUGAGAGACCACCGAUUACCGACUGCAAGAAGGUUAUUCUGCACGGCAAGCGGUUCGGACCUCUAGGCCACAGACCACCUACUACUACUACCUCUACUGAUGUAGCCACAUCUUCAGCAGCACCUGCAGCACCACCUGCUUUCGCAGCACCACCUGCUGCUGCAGCACCAUCAUCUGCUUCUCAGCCAGUCUACCAUCUUGUGCACUGUCUUUUUGAGCGCUUUGAUCAGAUGGAGCACCGCAAUCAGCAGCGUUAUGAGCAGUCUGAGCGUUGCAACAAGAGAUGCUAUUCCCAUCUGAAGUUGAUUGUGACUACUGGGUGUACUGACAUCCUCUCCGAGCUUGAUACACCCUCGGAGCACUCUGAGGAGGAGGAUGAGCAGGAGGAGGCAUAGGAGGAGGACCAACAGCAGGCACAACAUGAGGAGACUCAGCCUGAGCAGCCUGUAGAGCCACAGGCUCCUACACAGCCACCACCGACAGAGCCAGUGGCACACCCUUCAGUAGGCGAUAAUCCUUCACACCCAGCUUGACUGAGAGCAUCGAGGACGAUGCUAUGCUUUAAGUGUGGGAAGGUCGCCAUCUCCGGCGGAUUAUAUUUUGGUGAACCAUUUUAGACUUUUAUCCUAUUUUGCUUUAUUUUGUAUUUUGCUUUAUUUUAUUUUAUUUUUCUUUUAGUACUUGCACAUUUCUAUUUUACUGUACUUCUGUUUAUUUUUACUUUGUUGCAUUUUUCACUUUGGGCUUGUAUAUAUCUUGGAUAUUUAGCUUGAAUUGCACUUUUAGUUUAUUAGUUGUGAUGUGGAAAAACAUGGAUUAUUAAGUUUAUUUUACCCUUUUGGCAUAUGAGAAAUUGAUUUGAUUGAAAAUACGG